UCCCGGGCCCGACAGGGUCCCUUUUCCCCAUAAAACAGUACAGAAAUGCUGAAGAAUAGUAUUAUAACUAUUAGCCUAUUCCAAUAACCGGGGGGCUCUGAUUUCUGCAAAAUCGGGUUGAGUAGUCUGAGUUAUCCCAAUCUUCCGCCAUGGUGCUCGAGGCUACCAUGAUCUGUAUUGAUAACUCUGAAUGGAUGAGAAACGGUGAUUAUUUGCCUACGCGGUUUCAGGCGCAAGCCGACGCUGUUAAUCUCAUAUGUGGAGCUAAAACGCAGUGUAUUCCGGAGAAUACUGUGGGAGUUUUAACAAUGGCUGGUAAAGGAGUACGUGUGUUGGUCACUCCGACCAGUGAUCUUGGCAAGAUCUUGGCUUGUAUGCACAGUUUAGAAAUAGGCGGUGAAAUGAAUUUAGCUGCUGGCAUCCAAAUUGCUCAACUCACUCUCAAGCAUCGCCAAAACAAAAAGCAGCAGCAAAGAAUCAUUGUUUUUACCGGAAGCCCAGUCAAAUAUGACAAGAAAGUCCUGGAAGCAAUUGGGAGGAAGUUAAAAAAGAAUAGCGUGGCUCUUGAUAUUGUUGACUUUGGUGAUGAUGAUGGUAAGCUGGAGAAGCUGGAAGCCCUCCUCUCUUCUGUUAAUAAUAAUGACAGCAGUCACAUUGUUCAUGUUCCUCCUGGUUCAGAUGCUCUCUCUAAUGUGCUUAUAAGCACACCCAUAUUCACUGGAGAUGGGGAAGGAGGAGGUGGUUUUGCAGCGGCGGCAGCUGCAGCAGGUGGUGUUUCUGGCAUUGAUUUUGGUGUGGAUCCCAACUUAGAUCCUGAGCUUGCUCUUGCCCUUAGGGUUUCAAUGGAAGAGGAAAGGGCAAGGCAAGAAGCUGCUGCAAAAAGGGCUGCUGAGGAAACUGCAACACAUGAAAAGGGAGAGCAGCCAUUAAAUUCUCAGGAUGCAACUAUGACGGAAGUUGGUAACAUUACAGCUCCUGAAGCUGAAAACAAAAGAAAUGAUCUAAUGGUUGGUCUCGUAGUAGUUUCUAUCUUCUUAUGUGUCAUUUUUCUGUUUUGUAGACAUCAACAUGCUGAACAUGGGCCCUAG